GAAAUGCGUCUGCGCCAUUACGCAGAUGACAUCCGUAUUAAAAAGUUGUCAUUAGAUAGAGCUACGAUCACUACACGUUUCCGUAUGCGGGCCGUUCUAUCUGGCUACUAGACGUCUUAGGACCAAGACUACUUAUAUCGAACACUCGUAGUUCAUGGAAAUAAACUGAUCUUCGUUCUCAUUUACAUUCGGCCAAGUCGCUUACUACCUAGGAAACGUAUAGCAUGUCUAUCUGCGCAAGAGCUCUUAGUAGGCGGUGCUCCCGCGUAUCGUCCAACUUUGCGAAAAUCACUCUCGCCACUGUUCCUACCACGCAAGUUAGACUGAUCCAUUCAUCGAGACCAACUUCGAUCGCGCCAACUUCAAGCAUCAUGGCCGGAUUCAGUCGUAAAACCAAUACAGUCCCCAAGCCGCCAGACUCAAGGGAAAACCCGACGAUUGGAAAUGCUCCAAGUCCAAGCGAAAAUAUCGGCCAGAAGCGAUUGGCGGAUUUUGACCUCGGCGGCAAAGUGUUUAUCGUAACGGGAGGCGCUAGGGGGCUUGGGCUAUCGUUGGCAGAGGCGCUGGCUGAGACAGGAGGGGACGUUUACUGUUUUGAUCGGGAGCCAGAAGCAGAUGAGGGCUGGAACGAAGCGGCAAGGCGAGCUGAUAAGUUUGGUGGCUCUCUUCACUACAAGCAGCAAGAUGUACAAGAUACUGAGGGGCUUGAUCGAACUAUCGCAGCCGUUGCGGAUAGACAUAAACGUUUAGAUGGCCUCAUUGCGGCUGCGGGCGUUCAGCAUCUGUCUCCGGCUGUUGAAUGCGCAGCCCGUCAGAUGUUCAAGUACAAGAUCCACGGCAGCAUGUGCUUCAUCGCAAGCAUGUCCGGAAGUGUCGCUAAUAAAGGGCUCCUAUCACCUGUAUACAACUCUUCAAAAGCUGCAGUUAUUCAGUUAGCACGUAAUCUCGCCAUGGAAUUUAGUCCUAUUCGAAAAGACGGCACGGGAGGUAUCCGGGUGAACUGCAUUAGUCCUGGUCACAUCUUAACGCCGAUGGUUCUCAAGAACUUCGAGGAAGUCCCAGGCCUCCGCGAAACCUGGGAGAAAGAGAACAUGAUGAGUCGAUUAGCAGAGACGACCGAGUUCAAAGGUGCUGCCUUGUUUCUGCUGAGCAAUGCUAGCAGUUUCAUGACUGGGAACAACCUUGUCAUCGACGGUGGCCACACGGCAUGGUAGGGCUAACUACCCCAUUGGUUAAUUAUAAGCUAUUUUCUUGUCUGGUCUUCAUAUCGGAGUUUGGCUGGUAAUGCCCGGGGUUUAUACCAGGAAGCGAACAUUUUCGAAAGCUGUGUGUGGAGCGGCUCAGUGUCGAAUAAGGGGGCCGAAUCCGUUGCGGCGGCUUCGUUGUACAUUAGCUACAUGUGUUAACGACUUGAUGACGGAUGAAUGAUAUCCUAUAGACUCGUUGGUAUACCAAUGCAUUCAUAGAAUUGGGAAGCAUCUAAGUGGCC